AUGCCUUCCCCCUCAGGCUACUCCAUUGUCUCUGCAGAUGGUGCCCCAUCAUUGAUCACCGACACCGAAUCCGAAACCAGGUCACCUCAUGGUGCGGCGUCACCUCUGGACAUUACGCUUGCCCCACUCGUAGGAAGCAGGGAAGAGCGUAAGAGUUCAAAUCCCCGCUACUUGCCUUCAAAUGGUUUCGCGCCUGAGGACGAUGCUCACUACGACAUCUACAGGCGGCGUGGUUCACUACAGCUUCCUCCCAUGCAGCGCAGUGAAACGACAGCAUCUCAUGUCAUGUCGUCAUUCAGGGAGCAACCUUACGAACGCCCAGAGCGACCACAGCUACUCACUAUGCCCGCUCCUCAACUCACCCAUCAUCACUCUCUUCCUCAAUCAUCACCGAUCAGUAUACCUCAAUGGUCGCUUCCUCCCUUCCAUUCACUCACGGAGCCAUUGAUACCCCCGCCCAAAUCUGCCAGUGUGGCGACGAGCCCAUCGGCACGACAACUACCCACUCCGUAUGCGCUUCCAGCGUUACCAUCCCCAGUCAAGAGCGCUCCCGUAUCACCAAGAGAUCGGAUGAGCCUCCGCAAUAUAAUGUAG